UGUUGAUAUCACUCCACGGGGUCAUCGCAGUUGCUCUUCCACCUAGAAAAAAGAGGAAUAUUAAAAAAUAAACGGGCCGGGGCUCACGGUGCUGACAGGGCCUCCUCGCUGCUUUGGAGCCAGUUGGUUUGCAAAGGGAACGAGGAGAGGGAUUUGGAACGAAGUAAUUACAAAGAAUUUGAAGGGAAACAACAAAAACCUCGACGCUUUGAGGCCGGAUUUCUCUUUCUUAGAAUAUCAAAUCGUUUUUUUCCCCUGUGUGCGUGGGGACGUGGCAAGAAGAGAAGGUUUUCACAUUUAUAUUUCUUUUAAGGGAAGAGAGGAAGGGGGGGAAUAAAAGACCUCAACAUCGAAGAUUCUGGAUGAAAUAUCUGGUGGCCGCCAAUCUCCUUUGAUCAGAUUAGAACAGAAACUUGUUUACUGUUCAAUAGACAAGCCAGCAGGAACCACGGAUAGCUUUUCGUUAAAAAUCUACAACGUAUCUGCGAGGAAAAUAUUAUUUCUGCCUCUCAAACCGAACCCAGUGCCGUUUACCCCGAUGACAGUUGAGGUCAUGAACACAAAAACUCCGCUCUUCUAGGAUUUAGAAGAAUGUCAUCAGAGGACAAAAGUGUGGAGGCAUCUGACCUAGGACCGCCACCUCUUUCUGUCGCCCUCGCGGCUGUUCCUGUUGGCAGCCCUGUAAAUAAUGACAAACGGCCACGGGGCCGACCUCGCAAAGAUGGCACAACUCCUCUACAGAAGAAAAAGAAGACUCGAAGCAGGGGGAAGAUGGUUGUUGAUGAUGAUGACAGUAUGGAUGGGUUGGAGACAACAGAAAAUGCAAUGGAAACAGAAACUAAAGAUGACUCACUGGAGGAGGACAUCCUUACAGAAAUGGAGACCAAUGAACAAUCACCUCUAUUGCAGCGCACGGUAUCUGAUGAGUCUGCCAGUUCCAUAGCCUCAAUCAAUCUCAAUACAAAAACCAGCAAUGAACAGCUCUGUGCCUUGUGCUAUUGUGGUGAGCGGAGCUCGUUGGGGCAAGGCGAGUUAAAAAGGUUCAGCCCAACUCCAGAUUUCGCUGUGCUAAGAAAGAGCCCUUCUCAAGCAAAGCAAGACAGUACCAACAAUUCAGAGGAUAGUAAUGACAAGAGCCUCAAGCAGUGUUCCACAUCACAAAGGCAACAGAAAAAGUCUCCUUCCCACACUGCACCUGCUACCGUUCCAGUGGCUCCUGAAGAACAGAUAUGCAGAUUUUGGGACAAACUCAGUCAAGUUGGCCUUCCUGAUGAUGUUGAUGUUCAGACCUUAUUUGAGCCUUCAGGCCACUGUUGGGUCCACCAUUGUUGUGCAGCAUGGUCUUCUGGAGUGUGUCAGAAGGAACAGGUAUUGGUGAAUGUAGACAAAGCUGUUCUCUCAGGGAAUACAGAGCAUUGUGCAUACUGUAAACACCUUGGAGCCACCAUCAAAUGCUCAGAAGUGAAUUGUAAUCAGCUAUACCACUAUCCAUGUGCAGCUGGAGCCGGUACUUUUCAGGAUAUUAGAACUCUUACGCUCCUCUGUCCAGAACACAUUGAUCAGGCUCCUGAAAGAUCCAAGGAAGAAUCAAAUUGUGCUGUAUGUGAUAGCCCUGGGGAACUUUUAGAUCAGCUUUUCUGCACUAGCUGUGGUCAACAUUACCAUGGAGCUUGUCUAGACAUAGCUGUGACACCUUUGAAACGGGCUGGGUGGCAGUGUCCAGAGUGCAAAAUCUGCCAGACCUGCAGACAUCCAGGUGAUGACAGUAAAAUGUUGGUUUGUGACAUAUGUGACAAAGGCUAUCAUACGUUUUGUCUUCAACCUGCAAUGGAGUCAAUACCAACAAAUGGCUGGAGGUGUAAAAAUUGCAGGGUAUGUGUUGAAUGUGGCACACGGAACAGCACUCAUUGGCACUACAACUGUUCACUUUGUGCUAGUUGUUAUCAGCAACAAGACCACAGCUUCUGUCCACUCUGUGGCAAAAUUUGCCAUCAAGACUCCCAAAAGGACGCACUGCAUUGUCAGAUGUGCAAAAGGAUAGCACAACAAUUCUCUACUGCCUUGCAGGGGAAGAUGCUACAGUAUGUCUCGAGGUGGAUUCACAUAGAAUGUGACAAAUCUUUGGAAAAUAAUGAGGCCAAUUUGGUAAAAGGAUGCUACAUCUGUAUAGCGUGCAAAGAAACUGGUUCAGAAGAAAAUGUUCAGUCCUGUGAGAACAAGGUUGAUGAUUGCAUUGCAGAACCUGAAGCAGGUGUUCCUGGAAUUAAUGGAGCUGUUGAGGAACAGUUAUCACAAGGAGAGGCUAUUCACCAGCCAGACAACCCUAUUAGCCUUGCUGAAGAUCGGAGUAUUACAGUUAAGAAAAAUGAUUUGGCAACAGCCCAUACAAUUGACCACAUAGAGUCUGAUUUGCCCAAGGAUGCUAUGGUCUCUGGAGAAGUACUUCAACAGCUUGAGUGUCGAACAGCAGUGAUGGUAGUCCAAGACACAGAGACGAAUGAAAAUAAACCUGAAACACUAUUACAACCUCAACUGGAUGGGAAGGCACUACAUUUGAAAGAGUUUGUUGAAGAAGCAGCCCCAGUAGCAGAGCAUCCGAUUUGUGAGAACAAGACAGAACCAAUGGAAAUUUCAGCCACAGAAGUGUCAAAUAAUGGGCUUCCACAGGAGGAUGUACUGACCAAGGAACUUCCAGAAAUCGUACCGGUGGAUAAUGUGGCACAGCGAAGUGAAGAAAGAAAUUCCCAAGUGUUUCUCAGUAGCAAUGUUUUUGAAGCUGAAGAAACUCCCAGUGAGUAUACAUCAGAGCUAAAUUCACCAAUUGAAAAUAAAGCUGUCAAAGGCUUUGUAGAAACAGACAAUAAUUAUGUCAACAGCAGCAGAUCCUCUUCAGUUUCUCCCUCUUCUGUGACAGUUUCAGUUGGGUUAACUCCGAUGACUAAUGUGUCUUGCACUUCAGCUCCAACCACAUUCGGUUCAAGAAUUCCUGCACCUGCCUUCGUACCUCUGGUUCCAAAAAUAGGCAUGGGGAAACCAGCUAUUACCAAAAGGAAAUUUUCUCCAGGAAGACCCAGAAUGAGACAGGGCAUAUGGGCGACAAAUGCUAUGAGUUCGCCUUCCUGGUCUGCAAACAGUUAUGAAUUUCGGGAGAGUAUGGUAAAAACAAAGCAGUCUCAGAACACCAUUUGGAACGUCAAAGUGGGCCGUGGUGCUGGUUUUCCUGGUAAAAAGAGGCCACGUGGUGGAGGACAUCCUGGUCGAGGAGUUAGAGGCAGGUCCAAAAUGAAAAAUGGGAUUGGUGCGGUUAUAACACCAGGAGCUGGGGCCACAGAAAUGAUGUAUAAUAAGGACGAAGAUGAAAACGCUAUGCACAACACAGUUGUUUUGUUUUCUACCAGUGAUAAAUUUACCUUAAAACAGGAUAUGUGUGUUGUUUGCGGGAGUUUUGGGAAAGGUCCAGAGGGACGAUUGCUUGUUUGCUCUCAGUGUGGCCAGUGUUAUCAUCCCUAUUGCGUCAGUAUUAAGAUCACUAAAGUAGUGCUGAGUAAAGGUUGGCGAUGUCUAGAAUGCACAGUGUGUGAAUCCUGUGGAAAGGCCACCGAUCCAGGUCGUUUGCUUCUCUGUGACGAUUGUGAUAUCAGCUAUCAUACCUAUUGCUUAGAUCCACCUUUACAGACGGUUCCCAAAGGUGGCUGGAAAUGCCGAUGGUGUGUUGCUUGCAUACAGUGUGGGUCAACCUCACCUGGGUACAAGUGUGAAUGGCAGAACAAUUAUACACAAUGUGCUCCUUGUGCCAGCUUGACUGUCUGCCCAGUCUGCAAUAAGAACUACAAGGAGGAGGAACUUAUUAUACAGUGCCGACAGUGUGACAGGUGGAUUCAUGCUAUUUGCCAGAACCUGAACACAGAAGAUGAAGUUGAGACUGUAGCUGAUAACGGCUAUGACUGUUUUACAUGUAGACAAUAUGCAACGACAACUCCAGUGACUACCUCAGAAGGGACGGAUCUGUCUUUGAUUACACCUCAAGUUAUUGUAAAGACUAAGGAAUCAGAACCAACACGGACAUUUACACAGGAUGGUGUCUGCCUAACGGAGUUGGGUUUGUCACAGCUCCAAAGCCUCAGUGUUGCUCCACCACGUCGGAAGCGACCCAAGCCAAAGUUGAAGCUAAAGAUCAUAAGUCAAAAUAGCGUGGCUGUUUUGCAAACUCCACCUGAUCCGCAGUCCGAACAGUCCAGAGACCUAGAUGGAGAUAUGGAUGAUAGCAGAGUAGCUGAUCUAAUGGACGGUGAUGCAAAGUCUGAUAUACUCACUAGCCCAGAACGAGAACCAGCAGAUGAUGACCAUAAUGGAGGCAAGGGGUCUGACAGCCUUAAGAAGAGGAAGAGGAAACCAUAUAGACCUGGAAUUGGUGGGUUCAUGGUGCGCCAGAGGAGCCGGACAGGACAGAAUAAGUCAAAGCGCUCAUUGUCCAGGAAGAAUUCCACUGGUUCCAUGUCUGAAAUGAUGGUUGGGAAGGAGGAUGGUUGGAUUGAACAACAAUCGGAAAUGCCUGUUGAUGCAAUGGCUAUUGUCCCUGAGAUUGUAGAGAAAAUAAAAAAGCGAUACAGGAAAAAGAAGAAUAAAUUGGAGGAAAUGUUUCCAACCUAUCUGCAGGAAGCUUUCUUUGGAAAACAUUUACUGCAUACGAGUCGACAGAGUAAGUCAAUUUUGGAUGCCCUGUCUGAUGAUGAAUCUUCACGGUUACCAAACAGAGUACCAAAUGUGAACAUGAACUUCCUGAAUCCUUCCUCUGACCCACUGUUGAGUUCAGCUGCCGCACAAGUAUUGACAAAACAACCAGGUGGACAAGGUAACGGAGAUGAUCCACUUGCUGAUCUCUCAGAAGUCCUUACCACGGAAGAUGAUAUCCUUGGAAUGCUUUCUGAUGAAUUGGGAAAAGCAAGAGAUGAGUCAGGUCUUGAUUUAUGCACUUUCCAGAUCGAGAAUUCACCAUCUCCAUUUGCUGGACUGGAUCUUGGCCCAAUUUCAGAGGAUCCAUCCUCUGUUUCGCAGUCAAAUGGAGGCCAAGGCACACGACCUUUGUCUGAGGAGCAACUCGACCGAAUCCUUAGUCCCGACCUUGAGAAAAUAGUCACAGAUGGUACAAUUCUGAGUAACCUUUACAAAAUUCCAGAACUGGAAGGAAAGGAAGUGGAAGAUCUGUUCACGGCCGUGUUAAGUCCUUCAGCUAACCAGCCGCCUCCACCAGCAAUAACCUUACCACCACCUGACCAUGGAAAUGGAGGCUUUACCAGGGUUCCAGCCAUGAAUGGUGUGAUUGGACCACAACAUCAAACACCUUUAGCACCUGGAAAUGGAUGUUGCAUCAGCACCACUUACUCUUCUAUCCCUCAGGCACCGUUCACUGACAGCAACCGAGACAAGAACCAUACUUUUAGUCAAGUUGUUGGUGACGGACCCAGCCCAUGGGUACCCUCUGCUCCUGCUGUGGAAGUGGAAGGAGACACGCUAAACUAUACACAGCGGAGUACUCUGAAAUGGGAGAAGGAAGAAGCCCUGGGAGAAAUGGCAACAGUUGCCCCAGUUCUGUACACAAACACAAACUUCCCAAACCUGAAAGAAGAUUUUCCAGAUUGGUCUACCAGAGUUAAACAAAUCGCUAAACUGUGGAGGAAAGCAAGCUCCCAAGAGAGAGGACCUUAUGUGCAAAAAGCAAGAGACAAUCGGGCAGCAUUACGUAUAAACAAGGUUCAAAUGACGAGCGAAUCUUUGAGAAGACAACAACAGGAAUGCAUUGACUCUGUAUCUCGCCCUGAUGUUGACCUGCCAUUUAAGGAUCAAAUUAAGCAAAAGGAAUCAGAGCAUGAGCAAGAAUGGAAAUUUAGACAGUUUGUAUUUCAUGUUGUACCAAAACAGCAAAUGCGGCAAAAGAGUAAGCAACAAGCCAAGAUUGAAGCUACACAGAAACUGGAACAAGUGAAACAUGAGCAACAACAGCAGCAACAGUUUGGUUCGCAGCAAUCAACAGCCGAGGAUGAUUCCAACAGUCCUACAGUAGAUGAACAGGACAAUGAGCAACUGUCUCCUCUACAACAGUUGCCCAAAGAAGAGUUUACAGGAGCUGAGAUUCCUGGCACUCUUGCAUCAAUGUCAUCAGACGAUGUCUUUUUAAGACCACAAGCUCCUCCUCCAACCCCAAACAGGACCCCUUUGCAGGAUCCAUUUGCACAACCUCAGACUUCACAGCCUCAGUCAACGCAAAUGUUUUCUUCAGCUGCAAAUGGAUCCAGGCCGUCAUCUCCUUGGGAUCCAUAUGCAAAAAUGGUUGGAACACCAAGACCACCACCAGUUGCUCGGAGAAAUUCAGUGCCCUCUCUCGAUUCCUGUGCUGUUCCACAAGGUGUUUCCAGGACAUCCCCAGCUGCUGAACAGAUUGAGAAAAGUAGACCUUCCUUAGCCAAUGAGUCCUUUGGCUCACCAGCACCGCCAGCCAGCAUUGAUCCUUGCGCAAAAGCACCAGAUACUCCUCGACCAGCUAUGACCAUGUCAACAGAUCACUUUUCAAAGCCAUUCGGAUUGCCAAGACCAACAAUAAAUCCUAAUUCAAUUAUUACCGAUCCUUUUGCUAAACCUGCACUCAGGCCUGAUAUGUUUCCUAGAAGUCAGCUGCCACAUAACAGAAUGACAACUCAUGAUUUUUAUUUGCGAUCUCAACUGGCAUCAGGUCCAGCAGGUAAAGAAGGUGGCAGUGGACACUUGUUUAAGACACCGAUGUUACCACAUCAGUCACCACAAGACGUUUAUGCAUCAGUGCCUCUAACUCCAAGACGUAUUCCUAUUGAUCCGUUUGAAAAAACUGCAUUGACCCCUAGACUUAUGGAUGACUUUCAGCAGAACCCACUGCAGCCUCAAUCUCAGGCAGUGGAUCCAUACGCACAGCAACCACAUACACCUCGUCCUGAGCUGUAUCCACAAAGUCAGAGAAUUUCCCGGCUGAUCCAAGGCGAUAUGUUUAUUCAGCCAGGAUCGAGAUCGAGAUGUUCUCCUCAAGAUCCUUACGCGCAGCCUCCUGGAACACCUCGCCCAGCAACUGAUCCUUACGCACAGCCCCCUGGAACACCUCGCCCAGCAUCUGAUCCUUACGCACAGCCCCCUGGAACACCUCGCCCAGCAUCUGAUCCUUACGCACAGCCACCUGGAACACCUCGCCCAGCAACUGAUCCUUACGCACAGCCACCUGGAACACCUCGCCCAGCAACUGAUCCUUACGCACAGCCCCCUGGAACACCUCGCCCAGCAUCUGAUCCUUACGCACAGCCCCCUGGAACACCUCGUCCCACAACUGAUCCUUACGCACAGCCCCCUGGAACACCUCGUCCCACAACUGAUCCUUAUGCACAGCCCCCUGGAACACCUCGUCCCACAACUGAUCCUUACGCACAGCCCCCUGGAACACCUCGUCCCACAACUGAUCCUUACGCACAGCCACCUGGAACACCUCGUCCCACAACUGAUCCUUACGCACAGCCCCCUGGAACACCUCGCCCAGCAUCUGAUCCUUACGCACAGCCACCUGGAACACCUCGCCCAGCAACUGAUCCUUACGCACAGCCUCCUGGAACACCUCACCCUACAAUUGAUCCUUACGCACAGCCACCUUUAACUCCAAGGCCAGCUCCCAUUGAUCCAUAUGCACAGCAACCGCAUACACCAAGACCUCCACACCAAACAGAUAUAUAUUCCCAGCCACCUGGAACUCCAAGGCCUGGACCUGGAGAUUGUUUUGUGCAAUCACCAAUCAGUAAACGAUAUUCUGAUCCAUAUGCACAAGCCCCUGCAACCCCAAGAGCCAUUGUUACUGAUGCCUUUUCACAACCUCCACAGUCUCCAAGACUCACUACAACGGAGUCAUUCGACCGGCAAGCUUUGACAAGACCAGGUUUGUUGGCAAAUCAGGAUCUAUUCUUGCAACUGCAGAUCAACAGAGCCUCGAAUAUCCAAGAUACAUUUGUGCGACCUGCUGAUCCACGUGGUCGAACUCCUCAGAAUCCCAGGCAAGCUGGAAUGUCUGAUGACCCCUUUUCACCCCAUGCUCCAUCACUGAGGCCAACCGGUGAUGCAUUUGGACAUAUGGUACAUGACCCAUAUGAUCAACAACCGAGGACUCCAAGACCUCAGACCAAUGACAUGUAUGUCCAGGGGAGGCUUAAUCACGAUGUUAGCGACCAGCAAGGAACUCCAUCGGAUACCCUGAAUUUCAGCAGUUCCACGGAGUCACCCAUAAAUUCACAAGUGCAGCAGUUUCAUAAUGUGCCUUCAACACAAGAUCAAGUCCAAUCAACAUUGGCGUCAGAAACUCAAAGUAACACAAGCACAGGUCAUAUGGGCAAUGAAGAGAAGCAAAGACAGAGACUGAGAUUACGGGAACUGAUUCUCCGCCAGCAACAGCAGAAAAAUGCUGUCCGACAGGAAAAGAACAUGCAAGAACAAGCAAUGACAUCUGCUGCAACACCACUGAGGCACUGGCCACAGGAGGAUCUAAAAAGUCACAAUGAAUUAUUUGGAAGGCCACCUCCACCGUAUCCUGGCAUUGUGCGAAUUCCACUUGCAUCUCAAGCUGGCCAAAGAUUUCCGGACCCAUUUACAAAUGAACCAAGGCGACGUUUUUUAACCGAUGAUCAAUUUAACAGACCUCAAUUCUCUGGAGAUGCUGCAAGAAUGGUUAUGAGACCCCAAGGUCCAAGGUAUUCUUUUGCAGGUAAUGGACAGAGACCAUUUGUAAGUCAGGAACACUUUCUUGCACAGCAGCAGAUGCACAUGCAUGGUCCAGGUCUUCGACAGCAACUAAGGAGAUCAUUGUCUGUAGACUUUACCAGGUCUUUAAACAAUCCACAGGUGAACAAUGGAAUGAUUAUUCCUCAGCAUUUUCCUCCUCAGGGUAUGCAAAUGCAGCAGCACAAUAUUUUGGGUCAACCAUUCAUUGAACUUCGGCACAGAAUGUCAGAAAGUGGGCCACGGCUUCCAUUUCCAUUAGCCAGUGGUUUAAAUCCAGCCAGCCAGCAGCAAAGACCUGGUGAGGUAAUGCCAGGACAGGGUGCCUUCUCUUCAAGUCAAGGACCAAAGUCAUUGGACUCGGUGUCAAACCAACACUAUAUACGUAGUCAAGUGGAAAAUUGCAGCAAUAUGGACCAGCUUAAUCAGCACCAACAGCAGCAGAUGCAUUUACACCAUCCAACUGUGCCCCUCUCUCGUUCGUUAAGUAACCCUCCAGCUAGUCAUGCUUUUUCAUCAGCAGUCUCCUUAUCAGCCAGGUCAUCUACACAAGGAGAAGGUAUGGUCGAGAAACUUGAUCCCGAUGACACUUCAGUGAAAGAUCUUGAUGUGAAGGACCUUGAUGGAGUAAGAGAUCUAGAAGUUAAAGACUUGGAUGAUGAAGAUUUGGAAAAUUUAAAUUUGGAUCCAGUGGAUGGAAAAGGUGAUCCUGAUUUGGAUAAUUUAGAUAACAUAGAAACAAAUGACCCACAUUUGGAUGACCUGUUAAAAUCAGGGGAGUUUGACCUUAUUGCUUAUACGGACCCUGAGCUGGAUCUGGGUGAUAAAAAGGAUAUGUUUAAUGAAGAAUUGGAGCUCAAUGAUCCAAUAGAUGUUAAAGUGGAUGAGCAUAAGACUGAAGAAGAAAAUAAAGCUGACCAGGAAGCCAAAGCAGGAGAACAACCUGGCAGUUUCACUGAAAAAGAAGCAGCUGCUUUGCCCUGCGAUGGAUCGGCUGAUAGUAGUCCGAUUAAAUCAGAAACUUUUACUGGUGAUGGUAAUCAUGAUACUCCAUAUGGUGCGAGUACAACUGAUUCUGAGGCAAUACAUACAAUGACGGAUGGUACUUCCACUUCUGACUCUUGUAUUGGUAGAGAACUGGAAAUCACAAAGGAAGAAGAAAGAGUGGAUGGUAACCAAGAAUUAAUGGGGGCAAGCCCAUGUUUCAGUGACUCGCAGUCUUCUACCCAAACAUCUAUGUCCUUUGGAAGUUCGUGCAAUCAGACUGGUUCUACUCCAGUCCUUUCAAAUUUGCUAACUGAGACGACAGCUAAUUCUGGAGUUGCAUCAUUGAGUUCACCUUCCAAAGUUGUGCCAUCACCCCAGCCACAUCCAGAAACAGGUAUACCACAGUCUCCCAAAAUGGCAGGUUCCCCAGGACAAAUGACUGAGAACCCAAUAAAUCCAAACUUGCAAAGGUUAAAACGUAGUUUUUCGCAAGGUCCUUCAGGAAAUCAGACCUUUUUUCAAGUCCAUCCACCCAGCCAGAAUUAUGCACCAGGGCAAACUCCAAGUCAAAAUCUGACUCUAGCCAGUCAGCCAGGACUUAGUAAUCAGUCCAACACACAAAUCAUGCUUUCUCAGACAAUGGGUUCCCAGGGGCAACGUGGGAGGCCCCUCCUUUUGGAAGAGCAACCCCUCCUUCUGCAGGACCUUUUGGAGCAAGAAAGGCAGGAGCAGCAACAGCACCGACAAAUGCAGGCAAUGAUACGUCACCGAUCUGCCGAUUCCUUCUUUCCUAACAUUGAUUUUGAUGCUAUCACUGAUCCUAUCAUGAAAGCAAAGAUGGUAGCGUUGAAGGGAAUCAACAGAGUUAUGGCCCAAAGUAACUUGGGAAUGCCACCAAUAGUAAUGAACAGAUUUCCAUUCGUGGGUCAGCAAGUGUCAAGUCCACAGAAUGGUGAUGGUGGGCAGAAUCCCAUUCACCAAGGAGUUACCCCGGAUGGAAACUUGGCACCGCAAAUGCAGCGACCAAACCCUCCAUCAUUUGGUCCCGGUUUCGUGAAUGAUGCACAGAAGAAACAGUAUGAAGAAUGGCUCCAAGAAACUCAACAGCUCCUCCAAAUGCAGCAGAAAUUUCUCGAGGAACAGAUUGGAGCACACCGGAAAUCAAAGAAGGCACUCUCAGCGAAACAACGCACAGCUAAAAAGGCUGGGCGAGAAUUUCCAGAAGAAGAUGCAGAGCAGCUGAAGCACGUAACUGAGCAACAAAGCACAGUGCAAAAACAGUUGGAACAGAUUCGAAAACAGCAAAAGGAACAUUCAGAACUUAUGGAAGAGUACCGGAUAAAGCAGCAGCAACAAUGUUCAAUGCUAUCAUCCACCAUGAUGCCUGCUGGAUCAGCACAGCUUCCGCCCAUUCAGAGUGGGACUCCAUCUUCAGUUACGCAGCAGAAUUUCCCAAUGAUGCCACAGCAGCAAUCCAGACAACAAAUGCAGCAGCCUGUUCCUCCACAACCAGCCAGUAACCGAAUGGCUACUGCUCCUCAGUGGAAGUCUUGCAAUCCUAAUGCAGCUCCCCCUCCCCCCAUUCCCAUGGGCACCCAUCGGAUGCAGCAGCCUGCACCACCUCAGUUGCCAAUGCCAAACACCCCAUCUACACAAGCGGCGGCAUCGGUCACAACAAAUCAGCAGUCCAACGUGCCACCACGCGUUGAAUUUGAUGACAACAACCCAUUCAGUGAAAGCUUUCAGGAGAGGGAACGGAGGGAGCGUUUACGAGAGCAGCAGGAGCGCCAGCGCAUCCAGCUUAUGAAGGAAGUUGAACGUCACCGCGCAAUGCAGAAGCGGAUGGAGAUGGAACAGCAGCAGCAGCAGGGGCUCUCUGAUUUGAACACACCCUCCCUUUCGCAAAUGCCAUAUUUUAAUUCUGAGUUGCCUUGUGAUUUCAUGCAAUCUCAAAGACCACCGCAGCAGAUGGGACAUAUUCCUCCCCAGCAACAGAAUCUUCUUCCACAAUUCAUGAAUUCACCUCCUCCAUCGCCUUUUAUGCAGUGCGGUGACAACAGGCCGAUGGGGAUGGCAGGGUUUGAGCCUGAAGCCAAUGCAGUCCCGGGUGGGUGCCCACCUAUUCACCCAAUGAACCAGGUACCAUCUAGUCUUGGUUUUCCUCAGAACCUACCUCGCCCUCUAUUUGGACCAGCUAUGCCUGUUGGAUCUCAUGGGAAAGUUGAUGGAGGUCAAUUUGGUCUAGAAGGUGGAAUGCAAUUGCCAAGCAAUUACCCAGGCACAGGCCAAUCACUCAUACAACGUUAUUCCAAUAUUAUACCAGAGGAAAAAGGAAAGAAGCGUAGAAAUAGAAAGAAAAAGAAGGAUGACGAAGAUGAGUGUGCGAGGACACCAUCUACUCCUCAUUCUGACAUUACUGCACCAACUACACCCAUUGUUGCUGACCCUGCUAAUGCAGCUAUUAAUCUACCUGGUGAUUUUGUAUAUAAUCAAGGUGAGAAUGAUAAUGGAGAAUUAGCUGGUAAUUCAAGUGACCAUCAACCUCCAUCUGAGCUUGAACGGCAGCUUUCUUCCAAUGUUAAUGUACCACAGAGAAUGGUGGUACAGCAGGCAUGUCCCCCCUCUGAAACAGAACACUGUCCAUCCAAUAAAGCUGCCAGGCCAAACUUGGUGAAGGUGGAACAGACAGAAGCCACAGAGUGCCGUCAGCACGUACCACACAAGAUGGAAGCACAGAACCCAGUGAAGUUGGAGGAGAAAAUCAGCAUUCAACAGCCUGCGGUUUUGUCUCACAGUCCAGCAGCUGGAGCGAACAUACCAGCGUCAAAGCAAGAAUCAGGGAAUGAGCUACUGAAACAUCUUCUGAAAAAUAAAAAUCCCCCACCAUCUGCUCCCCAGAGAUAUGAAGAAAAAUCUGACGAUGAAUCGAGUAUGGAAAACAGAUUGGUAAAGAAGCAGACCAAAUUUGAGGGGCAGAGUCCGCCAAGUGCAUAUGCCUUUGAUGGAAAGAUGAUUCAGUUGCAAAGGAACGAUUCAGAGGAAGAAAAGAAGCGGCCAAAAAAUAAACGAUCACAGAAAACAGCUGAGAAGACAGCAUCACGUUAUAAAAAGCGAAGAAAAGAUGAGGAAGAGAGGCACGCAAUUUAUUCGAAUACUGAUGUUCUAAUGAACCAGUUAAAGCAGCAACUGACUCUUCUCCCAUUACUGGAGCCAACAAUCAGUGUGAACUUUGCUUACUUCCCUCCCUAUGGUAGUGGACAGUUAAAUGGUGAUAAUUUGCUAACCGGUUCUUUUGGAAGUGCUACUCUCGACAGUGUCCCAGAUUAUUACUCUCAAUUGAUUUACAAGAACAACCUAAGCAAUCCUCCCACCCCACCAGCUUCCUUGCCUCCUACACCACCACCUGUGGCUAGACAGAAGAUGGUGAAUGGUUUUGCUACCACUGAGGAGCUUUCUGGAAAGCCAGGAAUAAUUGGACAUCAUGAUGUCACCAAGAGCCUUGGGCCGAAACAAUACCAGCUACCUUUUAGACCUGAGGAUGAUUUAUUAGCAAGAGCUUUGGCCCAUGGACCGAAAACAGUAGAUGUUCCUGCCUCCUUACCAACUCCGCCUCACAACAAUCAUGAGGAACUAAGAGGGCAAGACCAUUGCGGUGAUGAUGACCGUGAUUCCCCGGAUAGCUUUGUAGCAUCAUCAUCUCCUGAAUGUGUGGUGGGCAAGGAGAUCAACAGAUAUCCUGAUCUAUCCUUAGUGAAAGAAGAGCCGCCAGAACCAGCUCCAUCCCCAGUCAUUCCCAUGCUUCCAAGUUCCAUUGGCAAAGGUUCAGAAGCUAGACGGAGUGAAGUUAAGAUAGAGCCGACCUUUGGAAAUAUGGGUUCAUCUUUGUAUUUUAAAAAUCAAUUUGCACAGUCCCAAAAUGGACCUAAAAUUGGCUUUGUGUCUGUAGCACUAACAUUGACACCAACUGCAGCUGAGGACAUCAGUGGUGUUGUGGCAGCAGUGGCUGAUCUCCUGCGUGUUAAAGUUCCCAACAGUUAUGAAGUCAGCAGUGGACCUGAACCAUCAGCAAUGCCUUUGAUGAAUCCAUACAAGUUUAAUCAUACAUUUGAAACUAGACCACCACACAUGGCUCAAGCAUCCCACCCUGGAUUUACUGGCCCUGUCAAGAUUAUGAGACCUGCUGGACCUUCAAGCCUUCCAUAUAUGAUUCCUCACCAUGCAGGCACAGUGGCACUCAAAGUCGAUAAUCGAACAGUCAUGUCCGCCAACACAAAACCCCAAUGGUGCCGUCACUGUGAUGUUGUAGUGCUGGGUAAUGGUGUACGGAAGACACUCACAGAUCUUCCCUUUAAUAAGCAGGACUCAAGAGAUGGAAUAGCCAAAGCAGAGACUGAUAUUGUUUUUUGCAGCAAUAGUUGCUUUGUGCAGUAUGCAAUGGCCACACAAGCAAAAACUCCAGAUUCAAAGCAGGCAGUUCCAUCUAUUAUGGCGGAGCAGCAACCCAAGGAUGUGGCUCGAAACACAUUCCAUCAUUACAACAACAACACCUCCCCUUUAGAUGUCCAUCGCCUUCCACGGAUUCAAGAGAAUGCAGUCUGUAUAUCAAACCCUAGUGUUUAUUUCCCUCCAGCCAACCUGCAAAUGUUCAAGCGAGAUCCAAAGCCAGAAGAUCUCAAGGUGAUGGUGAAGCUGAAACCUAGGCCAAGAUCACUGCAUGGAGGUUUGGAUGGAAAUCGUCCCAUUAAAAGGUGGAAAGGGAUGAAGUGGAAAAAGUGGAGAAUUCAGAUAGUCAUUCCUAAGGAACAUUUAAAGCUCGUGUCUGAACAGGAGAUAGAUGAACUUCUAAACAAACUCGGGACAUCAUUAAGGCCUGAGCCUAUGCCGCGUGAUUAUAGAAGAUGUUGCUUAUGUCAUGAAGAAGGUGAUGGAACAACUGAUGGGGCAGCAAGACUCCUGAACCUUGAUCUGGAUCUCUGGAUCCACUUAAACUGUGCCCUCUGGUCCACAGAAGUAUAUGAAACACAAGCUGGUGGCUUGAUUAACGUGGAGUUGGCUUUGAGGCGAGGCCUUUCUAUGAAAUGUGUUUUCUGUCAUAAAAUGGGAGCUACUGGUACAUGUCAUCGUAUAAGGUGCACCAACAUUUAUCACUUCACCUGUGCCAGUAAAGCUCAAUGUAUGUUUUUCAAAGACAAGACCAUGCUCUGCUCAUUACACAAACCAAAGGGACCUCAUGAGCAGGAGUUGACAUAUUUUGCCGUCUUUAGGAGAGUUUAUGUGCAACGGGAUGAAGUGAAGCAAGUGGCCAGCAUUGUACAACGAGGGGAACGCAACCACACAUUUCGAGUUGGAGGAUUAAUUUUCCAUGCCAUUGGACAGCUCCUCCCGCAACAGAUGCAUUCUUUCCACAGUUCGGUAGCACUCUAUCCAGUUGGCUAUGAAGCAAGCCGGUUUUACUGGAGCACGCGUUACUCCAACAAACGCAGUCGGUAUCUGUGCUCCAUUGAGGAAAAAAACAGUGCUCCAGAAUUUGUGGUGAGAGUCAUUGAACAAGGUCAUGAGGAUCUGGUCUUAACGGGAAGCUCUCCAAAAGGGGUGUGGCAAAAACUUCUGGAGCCCAUAGCUCGUCUCCGCAAAGAUGCAAAUAUGCUGAAACUCUUUCCAGACUACCUUCGGGGAGAUGACCUCUUUGGCUUGACUGUGUCUGCAGUCACAAGGAUAGCCGAAUCGCUGCCUGGAGUAGAGAACUGCGAAAACUACAUAUUUCGCUACGGUCGCAAUCCACUGAUGGAACUUCCGCUUGCAAUAAAUCCUUCAGGCAGUGCCCGAUCCGAGCCCAAGAUGAGUACCCAUGUCAAGAGGUUUGUGUUAAGGAACUUCAGAAUUUGUUUCUUUUUCUCCUUCUUUUCUCGUUACUUGGUGCCAAAUCGUGCUAGGCCACAUACGCUGAACAGCACCAGUACUUCCAAGUCUUUUCAGAGCACAGUCACGGGAGAGCUGAAUGCACCUUAUAGCAAGCAAUUUGUUCAUUCCAAAUCGUCUCAGUAUCGUAAAAUGAAGACGGAAUGGAAAAUUAAUGUGUACUUGGCCCGUUCUCAGAUCCAGGGUCUUGGUUUGUAUGCUGCCCGGGACAUUGAGAAACAUACCAUGGUUAUUGAGUACAUUGGAACAAUCAUCCGCAAUGAAGUGGCUAACAGGCGGGAGAAACUUUAUGAAUCUCAGAAUCGUGGAGUGUACAUGUUUCGUAUUGACAAUGAUCAUGUUAUUGAUGCAACUUUGACGGGAGGUCCGGCAAGAUAUAUUAAUCAUUCCUGUGCACCAAAUUGUGUGGCUGAGGUGGUGACCUUUGAGAAAGGACACAAAAUAAUCAUCAGCUCCAACCGUAGGCUUCAGAAAGGAGAAGAGCUGUCCUAUGAUUACAAAUUUGAUUUUGAAGAUGACCAGCACAAGAUCCCGUGUCAUUGUGGAGCUGUGAACUGCCGCAAAUGGAUGAACUAAACACAUUCCUUGCAAUACUUACUUCUGGGAUUGCUUGUCCCUGGAAAGAGAUGCUCUCUUUUCACAGAAAAACAUACACACACACACACACACGCACGCACACAUUUUAAAAAGUAAGCCUGGAGUUCACAAAUGGUUCUCCUCAUCUCCAGCAGCAGCACAGCGUUGCGGAACAAGCAUACACGAAGACUGGCUGACGUACCAGUCACUCCCAUCUGUCCAUACAUGAUGCAGGUGGAAGCAGAUUAUUAAUUGGUCGAGCACUGGAGUUACUGUCCUGUAUUGAAAACGAGCAAUGGUUUUACUAGGAAAAGAAUCAAUGGCUGACCUGCUUACAAGUAGGGUAGGCACUUAUGAAUGUAGGACUGAAUUCACCAGCUAGGGGAAGGAUCAACAGUGCUGGCCACAGCCUUAUUUGCAAGGGGCAGGCCCUCUAGUUUAAAUAAAUAAUUAAUUAAAAGUAGACACCACUGAACAAGGAAUGUACUGAGGUGACUUCCUUAGGGAUACAGCUAAGGGAAAUAACUUGCACUAAAAACAUUUAAAAUACUUGAUUCCAUGAGUCAGUUUAUUGUAGUUUUUUGAUUUCUGUAUGAUAAAAGAGAAACAUUUUUGUAUUUAUUGGAUAAGUGAAUGAAGCUAUUUUUAAAAAUAAAAGUAGAAGAAAGCCAAGCUGCUGCUGUUACCUGCAGAUAUAAAAACCCUGUUACUUUGUACAAAGUGUAAAUAAAGCAAGGAAUAUACAAUAUUAAAAAAAUGACCAAAUGCUACCUGACACUGCAGCCAUUUGCUUUUAGUGGAGUCAGUCCUCUGAGUCAGGUUACAUGGUGUAUAAUUUUAACCAACUGUGAAUUAGGUUCAAAACCACACCCAGGUAGCGGCUAGAUGCUCCAUUAGCAAGCCUAGAUAUUAAGGUAGAGGAUUGCAGACACGAUACAUACAGCAGAAUCAUGUUAAGGGUUGUAGAGUCAAAGAUAAUUUUUAUUUUUAAGCAAAAUUAUGAGAUGUAAUUAUGCUAACACUGCAGGAUUUUUGGCAAUAGGGUUUUGAAAUAAAUGAGAAAAUAGGCACAAAAAUAUUUGUAUGGAUUGUUUUUGUUUACAUUUCUUUAAACAAACACUGUUUUGUGUUGGCUUGUAGAAGUUUAAAAUGCAUUUUGAACCAGGUUAGCUUUAUUUUGUACUUACAGAAAAGAAAAAUAACUGGUACUGACACUUCACAACUAUUAAGUUCGAAAUAAAGUUUUUUGUGCACAUUAUCAGUAAAUUGUUAUAUUCAAUGAAGCAGUCAUAAAUUGUAAUGUAUAUGGCAUGUUGUAUUUUUUACCUUACAGAAGAAAUCAAUUGUACAUAGUUCUUCUUGAUAAAUAGCUGUAUGAAUUUGUUUCUUGGAUAUUUUUUCUCUUGUAUAAUAUUCCAACAUCCUACCAGUAUUUGUCCAACAGUUUUUUUCUGUCCUGUACAAUAGUAUCUAAUGUUGGGGGAAAAAGAGCUUUUUUUGAAGUGUAAAGAGUGUUAUUGGGUUUUGGAGUUUGUGCAACCAGAUUAGGAGAUCAGCAUUUACAAAUAAAAUAUUUUACAUCUAUGAACACAA